GGAUGUUGAAGACUUGAUAGAAUAUUGUACAAGCACGAUCACAGCCAUGGUCGAAUAUUCUCUUUACUAUUUUCUUGUUAUUUUAUCCUGUUUUGAAAUUGCAUAUCCAAAGAUUAUUGCUUGGACACAAAAUGAGCAUAGUUGGACCAGAGUUCGCUUUGUUGAUACCGAACAGAAUUAUGAUAAAUCUCGUUUAUUUGAUAGUUAUCCACACUUUAAAUCCCAGCAGAUCGGUAUUACAUACGAUAAUUGUAAUCAGAGGUGGAUAACGUCGUUAAACAAUGGUAGUCUAAUGAGCAUUGCCAAAAGAAACGAUCUAAUGAUUGACAAUAUGCCAACUGCUACUUCUAUCAGUUUUGAUGAUGAAAAUAAUCAAUUUUAUUGGACCUCAAAAGGUAUAAUAGGUAUUGGACUAUCAAAGUAUGGACAUGUAAAAGAUAUUUGGAAAGCACUGUUCACUGAACAGGUUGAAACGCCAACAAGUAUUGUUGUUCAAGAUAACUACAUCUUUUGGUCGGAUAUUGGCAGGGGAACAAUAGAGAAAUCAUCAAAAUCUGGCAACGACAGAGAAAUAAUUUAUAAUUUUUCAAGCAAUGCAAUCAUAGGAGCCAAUUUAGCAAUUCACGACAAUCGUAUUUUUGUUCUAGAAAGGCGUAAAACAUCUUAUGACGUCUUUAGUUUACAAUUUGACGGUCAAGCUAGAAAAUAUCAUAUUUUUGAAAAUACUAAUACAGUGAGGAAUACCUUCUCAGUCUUCGAUGAUAAAAUAAUUCUGGUUGAUGAAAACACGUUGGAUAUGGAGAUACACAUUAAGACGACAUUCUCAAUUUAUCAACGUGAAAAAUUAAUAUCUUUGGAUGCUUUAACCGAACAUUUAGCAUUUAAAACACAAGAUAAGGGAGAAUGUAAAGAGUGUGAAAUAUGCAGUGAUUUCUGUUUCGUUGAAGGGUGCCGAUGCCGACAAAAUGCUAUUUUGGAAUUAGAUAAGAGAAACUGUAUUCCUCACAAUCCAAAAAUUGUGUUCUCAAUGACAAAUCAAGUCUAUUGGUCAUCUUUUCGAAUACCACCAAGCGUAAAUGAGGAAGUUUACAUCAAUCCUAUUCCAUUUGGAGUUGAUUUCGUUCACCUUGAGAGCAUAGCUUACUACAAUGAAGAAGACUUACUCUUUCUAUCAGACACUGGGUCACAAAUAAUGUAUAGUAGCAAGGUCGAUGGAAGUAGAAUGUUUGAAAUGUUAGUGAAUACUAGAGAUGCUAGCGGAAGUAUUGUAGAUUGGAUUUCCGGUCAACUAUACUGGUCAGAUUGGUUUUCCAAAAGAAUAAUGACAGCGAAACUAGAUGCUAGAUAUCCGUCCGUUUUCUUUGAGGCAAAAGGAAUGGAAAGAAUAACUUCGAUGGCUAUUGAUGCAGUGGGAAUAAACUUUUUUACCAAAGUUCCAACAUUAUUCAUCUCAACUGAAAAGGAAAUUCAUUCUGUUGAUUUGGCAAAUAAGAAUUUGAAAAAAAUAUACGAAUCUGAAUAUCAAAUAAAGAAUAUUAUAUUUGAUUCCAGGGAGAAUAGAUUGUGCUUUUCUUGCUAUCCUUGGAAAAUUGGAUGUUUAAACGCUAAAGGAGAAUAUUUUUUUAAAAAACCAGCAACUCAGAGUUCUAGCAUAGGUGGAUUAAGCUCCUUUGGGGAUGUUUGGAUAUGGACGGCGGACAAUAGCAACCUAAGAGUUGGUAGAGGAGAAUUGGGUGAGAGUCUCAGACAGCAGAAAAUAAGCAAGCAAGAUUUAAAUGGAAAAGCAGAAGACAGCAUACUCUUCAGUAAUUAUAUGCAACCAAAGUCGAAGUCGAAUUCUCUUUGUCAUCAAUUAAAUCAGGGAAACGUUUGUUCAUGUGGAAUAGGAUUUCAACUGGACAAGGAUUACAAAACGUGCAAGCCAGCUGGCGGUAUGAAAACUUCACAAUUUUUAUUAUUUACCGAUCCAUAUCAUAAGCAAUUUUAUCAAGCUUCAAUUCAAAGCAACGGAAAUGUUAGUAUAACAGGGACUAAACAUUUACCUGAUUUCCCACACACAUUCGACAUGGAUCCGGAAGUAGGAUCAUUAGUGUGGAUAGACUCUCAUCCUCUUUCAGUUUCUAAAUUGUAUUUAGCAAAUUUUAUGAAACCUACGCGGGUAAACCUAAUUUUAAAUGAUAUCAGAAAACCUCUAAAAGUAAGAACCUACCGCUCUGAAAUUUAUGUCCUUUUCAAGAACGAGAUAAGUCGUCUUGAAGGUGACAAAUUAUCGAUUGUUAUAUCAAAUAUAUCAAGUGGAAAGGAUAUGGCUAUAAAUAAUAAUGGCUUAUUUUUCACCGACUCAAGAGGUUUACAUGUUGCUAACAAGGAGAAGAACACUUUUCAAAUUGAAACAAUCUAUUUUGAAGAUUCUUGCAACGCCAUCUCCAUUUUGGAUGACGAAGUGAGUUAAAAAUGAUUAAUCUUACGAGUGUGCAUUUUAUUUGACAAAAAGAAAUCUAAGUUUGUAAAUUAUUGAUAAUUUAAUAAUAUCAGAAUAUCACAAAGAUUACGGCAUCCUCUUGUGAUAUUUUAUUUGAAUUUGCUUAAGCUCCGACUGAGCUAGGUAAUCGAAAUGACUGAAUAUUUGAGUUUUAAGGUACUUUAAGAUUAGCGGUUGAUGAAGGCGAAUCUCCCUAAGGUCAUUUAGAAGACCUCCUGCGUCUAUUAAAUUAAUGAGGAAUUUCAGCUGACCAGAGUAGGAAAGGGCUUCUAAACUUUACAAGCAUUACUGCAACACCUUAUCAAAGAUUCGAUAUUAACAGGUGGUAUAAUCUAAACAGAUAAUAGUAAAUAGAUCGAGCGCACAUGCCCACACUAUUCUAAAUAUACUGGUGUUUUUCCCUUCCAACCCAUUUGUUUUUGAUCCUCCGACUUUCAAAUGAGCAUACUACAAUAAAUCUCUUUUUAUAUUUCUAGAUAUUCUUCUCUAAAGAUAAUCAAAUAAUGAGGAUGAAUUUUACAACUAAAAGCAUAGAAAAUUACUUUACUUUUCAAAAGGGAAUUAUUAGCUUGACUGCAUCCAAAACACACGUAUUCUUCUCUACAUUCACUGAAAAGUUGGUCUAUAGGAUCUUUAAUGGAUCAACCAUCGAUGAAUUGACGCAAGAUUAUUUUUCAAGAAUAACUGAUAUGAAAUUUUUCGAAAAAAUUAGUAAUACCCCCUCGACAAGAGUUCAUACUGACGAGGAUGAUGAAGUUUCGAUACUAGUAAUAAUAUCAAGUACCGCGGGAGCCAGUAUCCUUAUAGUUUUGCUUGUUCUAUUAUUAUUCUUAUGUCUAAGACCAAAGAAGAAGAAAGAUAAGAAAGCAGAGUCGAGUACGGGAGAUACUGAAUCUGAAAUAGUAUAUGAUAUCAAUCAAUUUGAAGCAGCGGAAUCGAAUGCACAAUCAUUAGAGAAUCAAACUGUACCUUCUCCUCUUAAUGAACAGCCAACGUCUACAGAUAUACCACCACCGGUACCACCACUACGUUUUACAAAAAAUGAGAAAAAGUCCAAAAAAGAGAGACGCUCUAAAUUUUCACUGCCAAAAGAUAAGCCUGUCGGUACGAUGAUUGGUCGGAUAGCUAAUAGAUUGAGAGGAGGAAUAGAUUCUAUUAGGUGGCCAAAAAAUAAAUUACCAUAUGAAGACGAAGGUUACCUUGAACCAAAUCCACCUCCAAAGGAGUCAAGGGUUCCAGUAGACGUGCCUCUCUCACUUCAUCCAAUGCCAAAAGGUUUUAAGCCAGCAUCUCAUUCUCAACGUUAGCAAGAAAAUAUUGGUUUUAUCCCAUAUUUUCUUCACCCUUGAGCACCUUUUAUUAUGAAAACUGUUUAUUUUUUUUGUCACUUGUCAUACUUGAACCAAAUCCAUAUUUUAUUUUUUUUUUGUGUAUUACUAUAAAAAGUAUGUAUGCUACAUACAGUAUUUAUACAAUAUAUACACGAUAUAUAACAUUAUACAGUAUCCCGUGGUACGUGUUUAUUUAUAAAUUAAGUGCAACAUUAGUUUGAUUAGACUGGUAUUUUUUUUUAUAUAAAUAAAAGAUUAAUUGGAAAUAGAGAUGAUGUAAUUAAUUAACCUUGAAAUUAUUCAGAA